CAGCUGUUCACCUCAGUAGACGUGAAAGUGUGAUGGAUACUCGUGAAGUAGGGUAUAUUUUACAUAUAUCUGCUAAUUUUAAUAUGAAUUAGUUUGAAUUUGGAUACUCCUACGUCUGUGAAGGGCUUUAAGCACAAAACACAUAAGUCUGGCAUGUCUUCUGAUUUGUGUAUUUGUGGAUAUUCCGCUUAUGUCACUUGUCCUUGUCAUUGUCAAGCUUUUGUGAUGGUUCUACUAAAACGUAAAUAGUUGAGUAUUUGGAAAAAUCAUUUGCUAUUCUUUAAACCAACUACAAGUUUUUGGCAAGAACUGCAUUCUGUUACAGCCUGAAAAUGGUGGUCAAUUUUCCACCGAUUCCACAAGAAGUCAAACCGAUUGCUCAUCUGCUAAAAUUAGCUGAUGAACAUGACGAUAGAAACAUAGUCGUUGCUUAUUAUGGUAUCCUUGAUGCUCCUAGCUGACCAUGAGCACCUAGUAUGUGGCACUCCAUAUACCCACUAUGGAUAGCUCGCAUGGCCGCUUGUAGUCUAGCGCUGAGGGUUGUGCCGGGUAAGAAGAGCCCCGAGACAGCAAACUUGAUCCGUGCCAUUUUGGCUUGGCUGGAGGUUACAAAGGAGGAACACCGCGAGAAUGAUGGCAUCACCAAUACGACAGUCGCCCAGGCCAUUAUAGAAAAUUAUGCCCUAAAGCUGUUUGAAAAUGGAGACGAGCAAGACAAGGCAGACAUUUUUAAUAAAAAUACGGUGAAGACAUUCUACACAGCCGGUAUCUUAAUGGACGUCCUAGAGCAGUUCGGCGAAUUGUCGGAGGAUAUUCGCGAGAAGCGGAAGUACGCAAAGUGGAAGGCAGCGUACAUACAUAAUUGCUUGAAGCGAGGUGAACAGCCGCUGUCGGGCCCCCCUAGGCCUCCAUAUAUCAACACAGGCUCUUUGAAACGUAAACCUAUGCAGAUGAACUAUAACAUUGAAUCUGAGGAACCCCCUGAUGAUCAAAUAAGGAACGACAGCGAAACAAGCACGGUGACCCCAAUUACGCCGGAUGAGAAGCCGAGCAGCCCCCCUAAUUUCGAGCAGUUGCCGCCCCCGGGGGCCCAGGAAGGAGCGCCAGCGCCGCAACCUUCGCCGGUCUCACCAGGGCCUCUCCUGCCUUCUGCCGUCCCAGUGUAUCCUGGAGCAACAGGCUCGGAUGGUACUGCUGGCCAGGCAGGUUCUAACGGGACUACGGGUGGAUAUCAGCCUACUCCAGAGGUAAUACAAAAGGCACAAAAGUUCUGCAAAUAUGCUACUUCGGCACUGAAUUACGAUGAUGUCAAGAAUGCUCUGGAGAACAUUGAAAAGGCGAGAAAUUUAUUAUUAAACGGGAAUGAAUGAAGAUUGUAACUAUUAUUUUACUUUAUUUUUGUUACCUAAUGCUUAAAUUUAAAGUACUUUGAAAUAAAUAUUCAGUUCAUAUAGUUCAAGCAUAGUCAGUCACUGUCACUGUUUGUAUUAUAUAAUUAUUUAAUGCUUUACCCAUCAGGAAUUUGAAUGUUAUGUUGCAAAUAAAUUUCGACGAAACAUUAUUUGUAGUAAAAAUAAUUAAAUGUUUUGAGUUGUUGUGUUGUUCAAAAACAUGCUUUGGGAGAUAGAAUACUCUAGAAAUGGCUGAAGCAGUUUUCGCCACUGCGUGAAAGAUUGUCUCCUAGCAUAAUAUCACAUAAAAGUACGCCUAGUUAUGGCACGACGCGACUUGACAAUAAUUUACAGGAUUGAUCAGAAAGACCUGCGAAUUUCAGAACCGCAUUGCUCGUGACAGGUACGCGGGAGCGGUCACGGGUAGUGGGCAUAAGUAGCUUUGUGCUCGGAAAUUUAGUCGCUAUGGAGCGUUUCACCGGUAAGCAGCAUGUUUUCCGUGUUAAGGCUUAUUACAAAAAUUGAGAUUCGUGCACCAUUGCGCGACGUCUGUUUAGCUUACAUGAUCUAAAUCAUUGUCCUAGUAAAAGCGUGAAAAGGUCCUAAGUCAGAAAGUUCGAGUCUACCGGUUUGACACUGAACCAGAAACCUGCAGGGCGUCCAAGGUCAAUACGAACAGAGGAAACUGUAAGCGGAGUUGCGCGUUCGGCGGGAUCCACAGUUAUCCCGAAAGAGAGCAGCUGAGAUCGCUAUAUCAAGA